AUGUCUCACACGCCCACCUCGACGACCCCCGGUAAUGCCAGCGGUGCUGCUGCCAAGCCGACCCUAACUGGUGUUCGCAUCAGGCAGCGCAAGGGCCAGGCCAAGGCUACAGCAAAGUUCGAGCCCGAGGUCUUCCGCGACUCGCUCCUCCUCCACCUCGCGCUCAUCCCCACGCCCCCUACCACCGAUGCUCUUGUGACCAAGCUCGUGCAGGCGGGCACGACGCUCGAGUUCCUCAAGUACAGCGAGCAGCUGUUUGAGACGCUUGUUGUCGGCGGCCUCCUCCAGCCCGGUGGCUCGUACCUCGAUGAGAAGCGCAGCCCCUUUUACAGUCUCCAGCCCACCGAGGGUGAGGCUGCCGAGGCGCUCGGCGACUGGGACCCCGUCAAGGGCAUUGUCGAGACCAUCCAGCGUGUCUCGCAGCGCUACCGCUACCUCCAGCGUCCCCUCGAGGACUCGUUCCUCCCCGACCUCCUCGGCUACCUGGGCAAGUGGGACCUUGCGUCGCGCGACAAGCUCGCGUCGACUGUUGCGCUCCUCAUCAUCGAGCUCCAGAUUGCGCCCAAGUGCCUGACCUCGCUCGCCAAGGACCACGUUGUCAAGGACGAGGUCGCGCUGCGCUUCCUGACCACCUUCUUCCGCGUCUACCUCUCGCGCCAGACCAUUGAGCACCUCGGCGCCGUGAUGCGCCGUUCGGGCCUGCGCGACAUCCUGUCCGUCUUCCCCGUGGCGAUCCGCGACCGCGCCCACCUCGACGCCCACUUUAAGAACGAGGGUCUCCCCCAGAUCGUCGACUGGUACGCCAAGGUCGCCCUCUCCGAGAUCAAGGAGGAGACCAUCACCGCCGUCGCCCGCAUGAUCCAGGACGAGGACACCAACGACCAGGUCGUCGAGUACCUCAAGACGCAGCAGACAGAGCGCCCGGCCCCCGAGGCCGACCUGUGCGAGUGGAUCUUCCAGGGCUGGAUGAAGGCCUUUGACUGGUCGGCCCGCGCCGACCAGCUCGAGUCCAACGUCGUCGCCUUUGUCAACCAGGUCGCGCCCGCCGCCGAGCCCUUUGCGUCCACCGCCAAGGCCCAGAUCGGCAUCCUCAACGCCAUGCAGGUCUACUGCUACCAGGACACGCGUAUCCUCAAGGCGUUCCCCCAGCUCGUCAAGGUCCUCUACAACGCCGACGUCGUCUCGGACCAGGCCAUCAUCUACUGGCACCAGAAGGGCGCAAAGCCCAACGGCAAGCAGCACUUCCUCAAGGUCACCGAGGCCCUCGUCCGUUUCCUCGAGGAGCAGUCCGACGACGAGGACGACGAGUAG